UUAUAGAACUGGCAAGAGAACUGAAUUUUUCUGUGGAUGAAAUAAAUCAAAUCCGAGUAGAAAACCCAAAUUCUCUUAUCGCUCAAAGUUUCAUGUUAUUAAAAAAAUGGGUUACCAGAGACGGGAAAAAUGCUACAACUGAUGCCUUAACUUCUGUAUUGACAAAAAUUAAUCGAAUAGAUAUUGUGACCCUGCUGGAAGGACCAAUAUUUGAUUAUGGAAAUAUUUCAGGCACCAGAAGCUUUGCAGAUGAAAAUAACGUUUUUCAUGAUCCCAUUGAUGGUUAUCCCACCAUUCAAGUGGAACUGGAAACUCCCACUGGGUUGCGCUUCGUGCCACCCACCCCUUUCCACCAGGACGAUUUCUUUAGCGACACCUCUAGCCUAGAGUCACCCCUUAGAACUCCCAGUAGACUGAGUGACGUGUUAGUGACCUCCCAGGGACAUGUAGAUGGUACAGCAGCAGCACCGCCAGUGGUGACUGAAGAAGACACCUCACUGGACGACAGCAAGCACGAUUUCUCAGUGCCUAGCGAAGGAACAACUAAAGGUGUUUCUGUAGGCCAGAGCCAGUUGGAGGAAGUGGACCUUAAGGAUUAUCCACGGUAUCUCGGUAGUUAUGGCGGGAUACCUAAGGAUGCUAAACAAAGGCAGAGAGAAGAGACUAGCAAAACAGGAGUAAGGACUGAACAGCCUGAGAGAGAAAAGUCUGGUACUGAUGAGGAGAUAACGGAAGAAAAGUUUAAAUCUCUGUUUGAGGACAUUCAUCUGGAAGAAGGAGCUGAGUCUGAGGAGAUGACGGAAGAAAAAGUAUGGUCAAUUCUUAAAGGUGUUCAGCAAGCAGAACACGAAAUGUCUUCAAUUACAGGUUGGCAGACUGACUCUUCAAGUGUCACUGAGCCACCAACGUCGGGACGCAGGAUAGGUGGUAGCCUGCUAGAUCGCCUGGAUGAUAGCUUGGACCAAUGUAGGGACUCUGUUACCUCAUACGUCAAAGGAGAAGCAGGGAAACCAGAAACAAAUGGAAGCCUCUCAGAAACCACAACAGAAACAAAAACUAAAUCCUAUGUCCAGGAGUCUUUAAAUGAUGUGGGAAAACACAGUGACAAAGAAGCCCUGAAAACAAAGUCCCAAAUUUCAGCUGGUACUGAUGAGCAAACGUUGUCAUCAACAGCAUAUCAGAAAUCUUUGGAAGGGACUAGCAAGCCAACAGCAGAAGGCAACAAAACAUCUGUGCCUGUCAGUGUGAAGAAGAUGGGCUGGAGUACUUCAGAGGAUGGCAAGGCAAGAACAGGCAUCCAAGAGGAGGAGGGAGCAGGAAUGUCUGAACAGAAGGAAUGUAGUGACAGUGAGAUUGAGAGUGAUUCGAGCUCAGGUGAGGAGCAGAGGAUUACUACAAGAGUGUAUCGACGGCGGUUGAUUCUGAAGGUAUUUUGUGAUGUGUGUUCUUGAGGCAGUUGUUGGCAU